CCAAUGGUAAGACGUAUUUCAGCGCACGCGCAAUGGAUCAUGAAGUCCUUGCACAUGACCCCACUGUGCCGUGUAAACAAUGUGGUGCGUGUCGCUGCAGAGGAGACGUUUCCACUCGUGUCUGUGUUUAAUGAAGAAUGUCGGUGGUAAAACCGCGGCGGAGCAGCGCUGGCUCACGCGGCAGCGCAAGGACCCGUACGUCAAAGCUUGACACGCGCUUAACUUCCGGUGCCGAAGCGCCUUCAAGCUGCUGGAGAUUGACGACAAGUUCAGGCUGUUACAGCCCGGACACAGCGUGGUGGACUGCGGGGCUGCGCCCGGAGCCUGGAGCCAGGUGGCUGUGCACAGGGUCAACUCAACCGGGACAGAUCCAGAGCUACCACGUGGAACCGUUGUUGGCAUUGAUCUGCUGAACAUCCCUGCUCUGGAUGGUGCCCACUUCCUGUCCAGCCACGACGUCACGGCGCCCCCAACACACGCCAAGCUGCUGGAGCUGCUUCCUAAGGGCCAGGCUCACAUCAUCCUGAGCGACAUGGCGCCAAACGCCAGUGGUUUCCGAGAGAUGGACCACGAGAGACUCACCACGAUGUGUUUGUCUCUGAUAGACUUGGCUGAGAAGAUCUUACAGCCGGGAGGCUCUCUACUGUGCAAAUACUGGGACGGGUUCUUCGUCCAGAAACUCCAGGACAAUCUCUCAAGUGUAUUUGGCAGCGUUCGGACUUUAAAGCCACACGCCAGUAGAAAGGAUUCAGCGGAGAGAUACUUCCUGGCUAGAAUGUACAAGAAGCCAGUGAAGAGAAAGUAGCUGUCCUUUCCUUUUCUGCUGUUUUUACAAAGAUGGGUACAUUUUUAGUUUUUUUUCCAGCGUCCACUGUGUUGUUGAUGAGACUGAACAUGAGGAAGAGGCUCACUUCAUAGUUUUGAUCAAAAGGUGGCAGUGUUGAGGCAUAAGUGAGACUCACAGCUGAAUCCAAUGCUGCUGCUGAUGCUGCUGAUUCCUCCUUUUUUAAUCUCAGUAAACUAAAAUGCACUAGCAUCAGUGAAUUAAUAAUAUGUAGAUCUAUACAAGAACCAUCAGUUUGAUAUUCCUCAAGAGCCCAAUGCUGUUUUUCUCUCCCUCUCUCUCUCUCCCUGAAGUUUUUGUUUGCCCCACAGUGUUUGUUCUACACUCUGAGUUUUGUAUUUGCGUUGCUGCUGAAAAGUAAUUUAGCAGAGCAGCUUAUGCUGAUAAUUUGCACUGCCAGCCAUGUAGAAAAGUGUAAUCGUUCUCUGCGAGACUUUAUGAAGGGAAAAAACGAAUACAUAAGAGUCACAUACAGAGUGAUUAAUGGGAGGAGGAGUGAUACUGCAGCUUGGCACGCUGCUGCAGGUGUUGUUCGGCUCUGACAGGGGAGAUAGGGCUAUGUUUUCAAGCUUUAAGAUGUGUCUCUGUUCAAAGAUUGUUUUUUAAAUCUAUGUCCUCAACCAAAAAUAUUUAUUUAUUUUUGUUUGUUUUUCUGAUACAACUGAUAAUAAAAUGAAUAGACAUCA